AUGUCACAUAAUUUUGUCACAAGUCCAAUACCACCAGCACUUGGUCAGCUAGCUAAACUUUCUUAUUUGGAUCUUGCUCAUUGCAAUUUACAGGUUGAGAUUCCAAUAUUUCUUUCAAAUCUGACUUCACUUUCUCAUUUGAACUUCCAUAGCAACCAGUUAGUUAAUAAAACCCCACCUAGGCUUUUGAAUCUCACCAAAUUAAGUUUUCUAGAUAUUUCGAACAAUCAACUGCAUGGCCCAAUUCCUAACUCAUUCUAUAUACUUUGGCAUCUUGAAUACCUCAAUUUUAGCACAAAUAACUUUGGUGGUAUAGUCAAGUUGAGU